AGAGACAGAUCAUAUAUCUGAGAGACAGCAGAAGAUCACAUGGUAGCAGGAACCUAUUCUGUGAUUAAGAAGAGACAGACGUGAGGGACAUUUUUCGUUUUGAUUCCAGCAUGGACCGGUUUUACAAGCCUUUACGAGAGGAGCUGGGCCUUUUUGAGGAGCAGGUUCACCAAUGUCGCGUGGACUUUGACCUGCAGACCCUACAAAGAGUGCUAGCUCUGCUGUCUGAGGCUCACAAGACACCCCUGGACAGCUGGAGGCAAAUAGAGACUCUUGUGCAGAAUGGUAACAUCUUGGGAGGCCAAGGAGCGCAGUUUCGAGAUUACCUCUCCUGGCUUCUGUCCUACGUGGAGUAUCUGCGUACGAUGAAGACCGCUUUCGACGACCGCAUUGUUUUUCCGCUUUGUGAUAACUUGUAUGUGAAUGACGAGGGGGAGGUUUUAUCACCUAACGGUUUGCAGCUUCCCCUCGCCCCGGACAACAUUGCAGCUACUGCUCGGCAAUUGUUUCACCAUCGUAGAAGUUGGGCCCUUCUGUUGAGUUCUAGGAACCAGGGACAGGCCCAACAAAUCCAAGGGGCAUCUCACUCGACUCUUCUUCUACAUCGUAUCCCAGAUAUCUUCGAGGAGAGUCUGGUGACGGCUAACCUGGCGCGCCACUGGGUCCUCCUUCAUGAAACCCGCCACAAAAACAUUGUGGCUUCCCCCCAGGACCACCUGAGCCGUGAAUUUCACAAGGACUCUCCCAAAGAGAGAGAGCUUUGGAGAGAGUCUCGGGUUGUGGCCGAUGGUAGCCCAGAAGCCCAGUCUCAGGUAAAAGACACGAGGGAAUACCUGAUGUUUUUGCUCUGGAGAGCUGGGAGAGCCGAGGCUCUAGAAUUACAGGUGAAGGAAACAAACCAUAAAGUUUGGAGUCUUCUACAGGAUAUCAACGAGACACAAAAAUUAGAGCAGGAGAACGGAGCGGGAAGUCUGGAGAAAAUGGAGACGUUGAAAAGACAACUGGAUCUAGAACGGUUCCACCAGGCAAUUCUAAGCUCUGAUUGGCAGCUAGAACUCGAGGUCCGCCCUUCGCUGAUCCGAGAGAUUGACGCGGUACGAGAAUGCUGUAGCCAGCUGGAAGCUAACCUUAGCCCGAAGAAACAAGAUGGCGAGGAAUCCCCCCAGGACUCCGUGGGGGUAUCUAGCGACACCGAGUGGGACAGCAGCUCUGUCUUCUCGCACUCCUCAACCCGCUUGUCAGACGCCUUCACUCCACGUUGACUUUGGAUACAAUGUAGACAACGAUCGUUCCAGGAAGCCCAGAUACAAACCAACUCUCCCGAUCCCAAAACCUUCUGAAUGUAAUAAACUGAAAUCAGAUUUACUUCACAGUUACUUCUUAAUACAGAAACUGACGUGGUGACGGGACUGAGUUUAUUGGCUGUAAAAUGAACUAUUUUAACCUAAAUUUGGUUCCGGUGUUUAUGCGUAUUAACUUUGGAAGCCGGUGAAUGGAAAUUGAUGAAAUAUUUUAUGAUUCUGUGUAAUAGAAUUCAGCUGAUGGUUACAAUAAAGAGUUUCUACGGAA